AUCCGGUAAAUAACAGCCCCUGAAUUAGAGGCUGUCCGGACACUCCUGCUGCUGGAACUGAAAACAGAGGUUGCGCUAACUUAGCUAACUAGUGCUAGCAUAGUUAAGCUGGGGCUAUCUGUUUUUCUCCCUGGGCUGCAGGAGGGGAGAUUUCCGGAAAGUGUGUAUUUUUUAGUCGUGCUGCUUUCUCAACAGCGGUGUUUCUUUCUCUUGUUUGCGUGUAACGUCACAUGUCACAGAUUGAGAUCCUGCAUGAAGACGGCUGCCAGUGGACCGAAGAAAUCGGGCAGGUCACCAUGGAAACCUAACGUUAGAGACGUUAAAGCUGGACGGCGGGUUGAAAUCUGAACUGCCCUUAAACAGAAACACGAAGCAGUUACCGCAAUGGAGUUUCCUCAGCAUUCCCAGCAGUUGCUCUCUGCCCUGCGGUCCCAGCGCCAGCGGGGCUUCCUCUGUGACUGCACUGUCCUGGUGGGCUCAUCCCGUUUUCUGGCUCACCGGGCUGUUUUGGCGUCCUGCUCACCAUUCUUCCACAUGUUCUACUCAGACUCUCCAGGGGGAAACAGCACCAGCAGCUCUGUCACGCUUGACAGCGACAUUGUCACAUCGGCCGCAUUUGGCUUGCUCUUGGACUUUGUCUAUGAAGGGGUGCUGCAGCUUGACGAGUCGCCUCCAGUGGAGGAUGUAUUGGCAGCUGCAAGCUUUCUUCACAUGAAUGAGGUGGUGAGAGUUUGCAAGAGGCGGCUACAGAGACGAGGACCUCUGGCUGAGGCAGACAGCACACGGUCUGAAGAGAGUGCUGGCUCGAGGAAGGAAAUAGAGACACGGAGGGAGGACGGGGGUGAUGUUGGAGCAGAGCCCAUGGUGGCCAUGGCAGCAGGUCACUCAAAUACAGUCACCAUAUCUGCGCCACUGUUAUCAGCAUCCACGGUGGCAGAAAGGAGUCAGGUGGAGUCUGUGAAGUCUGAACAAAGGACUGGUGGGGGGUCAUCAGAGGCACGAGUUCAGACUCCACUGAGCCCCGAUCUCGCUGAUACCACCCAGCCAGGCAUGGACGGCCCUCCUCUGCCCCCAGGUGGAGAGCUGGUGCAAGGCUUCAUCGCAGGCCAGUCUGCCCCAGGAGGUCAUGUCAGGAUUGGGGCUGUGGGUCAGAGAGAGGGUGCAGCACUCUGUAGUCCUUGUAGCACCACUGAGACAUGCAGCAGUCACAGCAGUAACCAGCAGCCUUCCUCUUCAUCUUCUUCCCUGGUCCCAGUGAGCCAGGCUGCUGGUCAGUCACUGGUUGCUCUUCACCAGUCAGAAUCCAGCGCACAUCCAGAUGAACUCCGACUCCCCCGCAAUGACUCUGCCGGGGAACCCUCAGAGACUGACCAUAGAGGUACAUUAGGCAGAGGACAGCAGAUGGUCAUGUUGAUCCAAGCAUCAGCUCUAACCUCACGUUUACAAUUAAACACACCAAACACGAUGUCCAUGCGUGCGCCUCCACAAAUCCGAAUUCAGAGCGCCGUAUCACUCCAACGCCAGAGCUCAGACUCUCUCGCUGCUCCUCCUCAGAGUCAAACACUUAAAGGACCUGAAGGGGGCACUGGAGGGUCAUCCAACGCUAAAAAUCACUCUUCAAUGCGGAGAGAGAGGCGAGGCAAUGAUAGAGAGAAUGUGAAAGUCAAAGUGGAGGCCAUUGUUAUAUCAGACGAAGAGCUGGAGGAGGAGAAAGAAGAAAGCCGAGAGAGAGAACCCGUGAUGGAAGUGGACGAUGACUUUGAAGAUGACAUCCAAGAAGAGGAUCUGAACAGCCCUCAGUUUCUCUCUUCUCACCCACAGGGCCUCUUACAGUUGACCUCCCAAUCAAAUGACUACCCCUUCCCUCUCUCUCCUUCCUCCUCCUCCUCUGGGGCUGGACCUUCCUCCCAGGAUGCUUCCUCCUUCACUGCAUCCCUCAUUCCUCCGCCCACAUCUCAGCAGCAGUCAGACCCUGCUGCAUACUUUCAGGAGCUUCAGGACUCUGUGGGGAACUUUGUAGAGGAUGUCCCAACUUGUGGGGUCUGUGGAAAGACUUUCUCGUGCACCUACACCCUGAGACGCCACGCCAUUGUACACACACGCGAACGGCCAUAUGAGUGUCGCUACUGCUACCGGAGCUACACACAAUCAGGCGAUCUGUACCGACACAUUCGCAAAGCGCAUGACCACACGCUGCCAGCCAAACGCAGCAAGGCAGACACAGAGCCCUCUCUGCCACCACAACCACCACCUCCACCUCUUAGCUAACACACACACACACACACACACUUUUCACUUCCACGCUAAACUUUAAGGUUAUAUCCUGUUUCUCCCUUUAAAUUCAACUUUAGUAGAACCGCGACAUAUAGUUGUAUGUUUACUGUUUGGUAUCUGGACCAACCACCUUUCUGCUCUUCAUCCUCUGCAUAGCUGCCCUCACUUCCUCCUAACUAAUCUCUGCUCUUCCUGAUUCUCUAUCUUUCAUCUAAAUUAAUUAAUUUGCAUACAUGUUUUAAUUUGUAUCAAAUUUGCUAUAUCGAAAACAUUUUUCAAUUUAUUGUUUAACCACACUGAUGAUGUUCAAGUCUCAAGUCUCUUUGUUUAUUUUUUGUUUUUCAAAUACACACGCUACUCAAAUCAGUUCUUACCUCAACAGUUGCCUACCAUACUUGAUUCUGGUUACUUUCAAAAUAUUAAUAGGAUUAAAAUUUGAAUCAGAUGGCUAAAAAUUCUCUAACGCACCUUUUUAUAAUAACCACACAAUUACCUCUGUAUGUGUUACCCAUUAACUCAAUAAGUCAAGCUCAGCUUAUCCACUUACCUGCCUUUAAUAUCUCUCAAUUUAAAAACACUCUGCAGAUAUCCUGACUUUCUUUUCUGGACAUUUGAUCCCGAUCUUACCCAUAUACAUUGAUAUUUCCUUCAUUCAUGAAUCUAAUCUGUUUAAUGUUGAUCGUUGUCUGCUGGAGCCCUGAAACUGAUUUGAUACCUGUACUGUUGUGCUACUCUUUGUAAUAUCAAGUGACAUUUUACACCCAAGUUUGUAAUUUUUAAAUAUCUUCAUCAUUGUUCAUACAAAUGUAUAGUUGUGAAAAUAAUCAGAAGGGAUGAAAGAGAAGAUGUAGAAACAUAUUAGUCAAGUGACAUGCUGCACCAUGUUUGCUUUAUUAACUCAAAACAAAAAAAAUGGUUAUUGUAUUUUUCUGUUAAAUUUGUAUGACUGCUCUUUCAGUGCAACUCUGUGCCAGAAAUGUUUGAUUUUUGUACAUUUUAUACCAUGUAAUGUGAGUUUGGACUUCCACCAGUUUUGAAGUCACUUUGUCAGUAGCAGCCAUGCUUCGUUGUCUUUUCAUUUCCUUCCUCCGUUUAUCUCCAGUGCAGUAAGUGUCAAAUGAGGACGAUAAAGCAUCUGAUCCAGAACUAAAGUUGCAGCUGAAAAUAAUGGAAGGUGUUAUGUUGAGAUUGCAACUUAUUUCCAGUGGCCUGUACAGGAUUGGAUUUUAUGUCGUAGCUUACUGUAAGUUAAGCUGAUGUUCUCAGCGCUGUGCACGUCUGGUCCUAACUUGUGCUUGUUGGCUCCACAUAUUUUAGACUUUGUUCAAUUAAAAGUUGUUAGGUGCACGAAUCUCCUAACAGUCCCAGCCUACAUUUCUUAGUUAGGUAACAGAAUAUGUUUGGCUUUGCUUUAUUCUCAUAUCGCCUUUACUUCUGUAGUUUGACAGAACAGUACAGACAGUCUCGAGUGCUUGAACAGGAGGCAACUGGACUUCUUUAGGUUUGUGAAGAUAUCUCGCCUUUCAUCCAAGAGGCUUCUUCAGUUCUAAAACAGCUGGACAGUCCCAGGUGUUUAACCCCUGGUGGGGGUUGUCUCCUUGGAGGUCAUCCUGAGGGUCACUGACCCACUUGUGAUUAAUAAUUUUCAAGCACUUGAGACUACCAUGACCUGAAUGACUGAAAACCUACACAAACCACAGUACAGACACUUUUAACACGUGUGGUUUUCUACCUUCUGAGUUUAAACUUUAAAUUAAUGUUUGACACUCUUUCAUUCUGCACUACCUUAAGUGGAUUUCUAUGAAAGCUGCUGUUUGUUUGUAUUACCAUACUAUAGUUACAGUUAAACCAUAUUAGAGGGGUUCAUAGUAGCCAGUCUACAGAAUCUAAAUGUGCCCUUGUGAGUAAACAGUGUUGAGUAGAACAUGUCACAUGAACAUGGUCAUUUUUCAGUGAAUAAAACAUUGGACACUUUG